CAGAGAACUGCGGGGGGAUUUCGAGACGAGCUGAACUGUAAAGAAUGUCGUGGCUAACAGCAGGACUGUACGCCAUUUCUCUGACUGGUUUUUUCCUGAGUCUGGCAAAUGAUGUCAUCCUCACCCCCAAAUCAACCGUUCGACUGAUUGGACAGAGAGUUGAAUUCCAGUGUCGCUUGAAGAAAGAGAAAGACUGCAAAACUAUCUUGUUUUUUUGGCGCCACAUACCCAUUUUUGAAAAUGACAGUGAAACUGUGGGAAAGGACAUCGAGAAUGGAGGACGGUUUUCAAUCAAUAAUGAGGGGCAGGUCAGCUCUCUGGUCAUCACCGAUGUGAAGAUUACAGAUUCUGGUUACUUCAAUUGUUCUCUGAUAUGUGUACACAUUAAAAAGGAGUCUCUAUGUGAGGGUUCACAACUGGAAGUGCAAGCCGUCCCCAAGCUGACUCUCCAUUACCAGACUUCAAGUGACGACCCCAGCAACCUCCACCUAACCUGCAGUGCUGUGGGUUUCUAUCCUCCCAGCAUCACCCUGUCCUGGGACCACACCUUCCAUGAAGUUAACCACUCCAUCCUGCGAGGUGAUCCCACACUCCUUCAGGACGGCACCUACAACAUCAGCUCCACUUUGCUAGUCAAGGCCUCUCUGUGGAGUCCCGGAGAUGAAAUUGGGUGUGUUGUGAACCACAGCUCUCUGACACGGCCACUGAGGAAGAACAUCAUGCGAGAAGGGACAAGAGACUGGCACUGGUACCUGCUCCUUCUCCUCGCUAUUCCCUUUCUGACUUGUGUGUUUCUGUUGUUGAAAAUGUACAGGCCUCAUCGAGAAAGAGAUGUGCCCAUACAUUGUGCUGAUGUGAAAUUUGGAGAGGAUGAUGAGGUUUGGUACACUUCAGUUCGACGCACGAAAGAAACAAAGCAAGAUAAGAAGAAACAAAGAUUUUGUAAGCAAAAGGCACAGCAGUCCCCGUCUGUCAAGAGGAAGCAGCAGGAGUCAAACGCGAACGAGAACACGAUGAACUAUGCCACGUUAAAUUUCAGCCACAUCCUGGGGACGUAAUUCAGUUGAGCUCUGCUGACCUGUAUUCUUAAAAACUGUUCUGAGGCAAAGCUGAAAUUUCAUAGAGUUUAAGGUCUACAGCAGUUAGAAAAUAAUCAGUAAAAGACCUGGCUGAAAAUGUGAGCAGGAAGAGGUUUAAUUCGAACAUUAUGUGUAUCAAAUAGGGGAAUAAAACUUUGGAGAGCUUGCAGAUUUUUUUUGAUCCUUCUGUCACAAAAUGAGAUUAUGGACAUGGCACUUGAAAUUUACACUUAAGAAAAAGUAUAAAUAGCAAAAAAAAAAAAAAAAUCCUUGUAUCUUCAUCAUUCUGAGAUGAUGUUCAAAAAGAUUGUUCUGAUAUAUCUGGCAGAAAUUUGUUAUAAAUACAUAAUAUACAUGUAAACAAAUAUGGCAUGAAAAUAAAAUCUUAAUUAACU